AUGACGUCUCUGCCCUCUGACCUUAGCCUGACAGAGAACAUCACCACCAUCAUCCGACCCCCUUACUUCUACAUCAGUGGAUUCACAGGGAUCCCCCACAUGAAGUACUACUAUGUCUUCCUCUGUUUUGUAUACAUCAUGUCUCUGAUCGGCAAUACCUUCGUCAUGUUUGUCAUCUCCAUGGACCGCAGCCUCCACAGCCCCAAGUACAUCGCAGUGUUCAACCUGGCCCUCACAGAUGUAUGUGGGACAACUGCUCUGGUCCCCAAUCUCCUGGAUAUGUUCCUGUUCGGCAGACAGUACAUCUCCUACGACCAAUGCCUCGCCAAUUAUUUCUUUGUCGUCAUCUUCCUCUUCAUGCAGUCCUUCAAUCUCAUCAUUCUCUCCUAUGACAGACUGGUGGCCAUCUGCCGGCCACUCAGGUACCACGUGUUAGUGAGUCACAGAUUCAUGUUUCAGCUGACCGGUGCUGCCUGGGUGUUCGCUGUGUUCAUUGUGUUAUUCCCUUUGAGUUUCAUCACCCGCCUCUCCUUCUGUGGGUCUGUGGUGAUCAACAGCUACUUCUGUGACCAUUAUCCUCUGUACAGUCUGGCAGCCCCCUGUUCUGACGUGCUCCCUAACCGUGUGUUGUCACACCUCAUCCCUUGUAUUGUCUUCUAUAUUCCCAUGAUCUUCAUCAUAGCAUCUUACAUCUGUAUCACCCACGCCCUCUUCACCAUUACACUUCCCAAGGACAGACACAGGGCCAUAAAGACAUGCACCUCACACCUAAUACUGGUGGCCAUUUACUAUCUGCCUAGCAAUAUCACCUACCUUUUCGUCUUCUUCAUCCCCUCCAACAUACGGAUCAUCAACCUAUCUCUGACCUCAGUACUGCCGCCCAUGCUGAACCCCAUCAUAUAUGUUCUGAAGACGGAGGAGUUCAAAGUAUCAGCUAAGAAGUUGAUCAGGAGAGGAGCCCAGAGAGCUGUGGGUCCACUGAUGUUUACAUGA